AUGACACACAAUCCUAUGCCGUUGCCUCCUGGUCAACAACAACAACAACAACAACAACAACAACAACAACAACAACAACAACAACAACAACAACAACAACAACAACAACAACAACAACAACAACAACAACAAUAUCAAUACCCUCCUCAACAGCAACAAGGUGUUGUUCCUUCUCAACAACAAUACUAUCAAUAUCCUCCUCAAUAUCCUCAACAACAGCAACAACCUGCUUCUGCUGCUGCUGGUUACCCCCCUCAAUACCAACAACAACAAUACUAUGCUCCUCCACAACAACAACAAGCCUAUCCAACAGUUCAACCAAUUUCACCACCACCAAGUCAACAAUUACCACAAAGACCUCCACAAUACCCUCAACAACAACAAUACUAUGCUCCACCUCAAUAUCCUCAACAACAGCAACAACCUCCUGCUGGUGCCUAUCCACCUCAAUACCCUCAACAGCAACCAACUCAAAAGGUUGCUCCUCCACAAUACCCACAACAGCAACAACCACCUGCUGCUGCUUCUGCUGUCGGUGCAUAUCCACCUCAACAAUACCCUCAACCACAACAACCACCUGCUGCUGCUGCAGGUGCAUAUCCACCUCAAUACCCUCCAACUCAACAACAACAAGCCAAACCAGACAGACCCCCACAAUAUCCACAACAGCAACAAUAUUAUGCUCCUCAACAAUACCCUCCAACUCAACAACCACAAACCCAACAAUACCCUCCUACUAACCAACAACCACAACAACAACAACAACCACCACAAGCCUAUCCAACAGUUCAACCAGUUACUCCACCUCAAUACCCACAACAACAACAACAACAACCUACUGCAGCUGGGGCAUAUCCACCUCAAUACCCUCCAACUCAAAAACCAGCCCCAACUCAAUACUCUCCACCUCCCCAACAACAACAACCAACUCCACAAUAUCCAUAUCAAUAUCCUCAACAACCACAACAACCACAACAACCACAAGCCUAUCCAACAGUACAACCAAUUGCACCUCCACCAUCGGUCAAUCAACCUAGACCACCUCCAUAUCCACAACAAGGAUCACAAUAUCCACAACAACAACCAUAUCAAUAUCAACAACAAGAACCAACCCAACAACAACAACAACAAGCCUAUCCAACAGUACAACCAAUUGCACCUCCACCAUCGACAACAUUAAAAUCACCUGUUUUCCCACCACAACAACCACAAAUGCCACCACCUACUACUGUAUCACAACCACCAACGACCAACCUAUCUAUAUCAACUGAAUUACCACCACCAGUUGAUUGGAAGACUACAUUUGCAAGACAAGAAAGCUCCCCAUCUAUAGGAGCACUUAGUACAAUGCAUAGACAAUCUGCCAUGUUGGACAAACAAAUGAUUGAACUUUCAUUCAACGAACAACAGCAACAACCGGAUGAAGACACCAAAGAUGAAAAGAUGUUAAAUUUCUUUUCACAUUUGAAUGGAUCAAAAUUCAGCAAGAGAAACUAUACCAUCAUUGUUGACAAGAGUGGUAGUAUGGCAGGUUCCAAUUGGAAGGAUGUUCAAAAAGCACUUCAAGUCAUCAUUCCAUACAUCUGUGAAAAGAUUGUUGACUUGACAGGUGUCUCUGUCUACUUUUUCUCAUCUCCCACCAAAAAGGGACAUUCAUUCUAUGAAGCUGUCAGAACGAUUGAACAAACCAAUGAACUAUUUACCACCGAGAAGCCAUCUGGUACAACUGAUUUGGCAGGUGUGCUAAAACAAUGCUUCCAUAGACACGUUGAAAAGAAAUUACAUCCAGAGUCUAUACUCGUUGUGACCGAUGGUAUUCCAGACAGCAGAAACGACGUUAGAUCUGAAUUGAUCAAAAUGGCUAAACAAAUGCAAUCACCAACCGAUUUGGAUAUUAGUAUCGUUCAAGUAGGCGAUGAUAUAAAAGCUGCCAAAUUCCUCAAAGAAAUUAAAACCUAUCUUGAAGAUACCGAUCACUAUUCAAUGCUUGAUACUCUAUCACUACAUGAAGUUCAAGGUUUGGCUCUUCAUGAAUUAUUAAUUAAAUCAAUUGAAUAA